AUGUGGGCAGCUGGUAUGGGACAUAGAGAUGUGGUUGAGUUACUUGUGACUAAAGGGGCUAAGCUGUCACUCGUUGAUAAUCUCGGUGUCAACAUCCUUCAAGCAGCCUGUUUGGGUGGAGAUGUAGAGGUGGUGAAGUAUGUCCUCUCCCAGGACAGGGUGGAUAUCAAUGGCAGAGUUCGUUGCGGGAGAACACCUGUGAUGCUGGCAGCAGAGAACGGACAUUUUGAAGUGAUGGAGUUACUAGUAGGGAAAGGAGCUAAUUUGUCACUCGUUGAUAAAAGAGGUAACAACAUCCUUCACUGUGCCUGUAGGAGAGGGGAUGUUGAGGUGGUGAAGUACAUCGUCUCAAAGAAAAUGGUUGAUAUCAACAGUAGGGAACGGAAAAACAAGACACCUUUAAUGGUAGCAGGCGUGUGGGGACAUGAAGCAGUGGUAGGAUUACUCGUAAAACAAGGAGCUAAUCAGGCACUCAGGGAUAAACGCGGUAACAACAUCUUACACUUGGCCUGUCAGGGAGGACAUGUGGAAGUAGUGAAGUACAUCAUCUCGCUGGAAACGGUUGAUGUCAACUGUAGAGGAUGGAGGAAAACGACACCAGUUAUGUGUGCUGGACAAAAUGGACAUAAAGACGUGGUUGAGUUACUCGUUAAUAAUGGAGCUAAUCUGUUACUCAGAAAUUCACGCAAAAACAACAUCCUUCACACUGCAUGUCAUGGAGGACAUAUUGAGGUGUUGAAAUAUGUCCUGUCACGGAACACGGUGGACAUCAACAGUAGAGGAAAUGACAACAAGACACCAGUGAUGGUAGCAGGGCGAAGGGGACAUAGAGACGUGGUUGAGUUACUCGUUGAUCAGAGAGCUAAUCUGUUACUCAGAGAUGCACGCAGUAACAACAUCCUUCACUUAGGAUGUCAGGAAGGACAUGUGGAUGUGGUGAAAUAUGUUCUCUCAGAGAACGUGGUAGACAUCAACAGCAGAGGAAAUAACAACAAGACACCAGUGAUGGUAGCAGGACGAAGGGGACAUAAAGACGUGGUUGAGUUACUCGUACAAAAUGGAGCCAAGCUGUCCCUCAGAGAUGCCCGCGGUGACAACAUCCUUCACCAUGUCUGUUCGGGAGGACAUGUGGAGUUGCUGAAAUAUGUUCUCUCACAGAAGACGGUUGACAUCAACAGUAGAGGAUGUGACAACAUGACACCAGUGAUGGAAGCAGGACAAAGGGGGCAUAAAGAGGUGGUUGGGUUACUCGUAAAAAAUGGAGCUAAUCUGUCGCUCAAAGCUGACCGCAGUAACAACAUCCUUCACCUGGCCUGUUUUAGAGGACAUGUGGAGGUGGUGAAAUAUGUCCUCUCACAGAACGCGGUUGACAUCAACAGUAGAGGAAAUAGCAGCAAGACACCAGUUAUGGAUGCAGGACGAAAUGGGCAUAAAGACAUGGUUGAGUUACUCGUACAAAAUGGAGCUAAUCUGUCACUCAGUGAUGCCCACGGUGACAACAUCCUUCACUAUGUCUGUUCUGGAGGACAUGUGGAGGUGCUGAAAUAUGUUCUAUCACGGGACACGGAAGACAUCAACAGAAGAGGCAAUGGCAACAAAACACCAGUGAUGGUAGCAGGAGAAAGGGGACAUAGAGACGUGGUUGAGUUACUCGUGCAAAAAGGAGCUAAUCUGUCACUCAGAGAUGCACGCAGUGACAACAUCCUUCACUUGGCCUGUCGGGGAGGACAUGUCGGGGUUGUGGAAUAUAUCCUGUCGCAGGGUAUUGUGGACGUCAACGCGAAGAAUGAAAAGAGAGAGUCAGCCGCCUCGAUAGCGAAGACACUGGGACUACGACACGUGCUGGAGCUUCUUGUGUCACAUGGUGCUAACAUGUAA